CUCCAUGAGACGUCUCCUCAAGCCCACACUCUCUCUCUCUCUCUUUCUCUCAGCCAAUGCCUGAGGCCCUAGUAGCCAUUGUGGUAGAUGCCCCUGGCCUGCUCUGAGGCCCAUAUCUAGAUAAAUCCCUGCUGCCCCAGGCUGAGCCUUCAGCAAUGCCCUCUGCCAACCAGGGCUUAGCCUAGGCUACUGCCAUGGGCUUAGCCUGUGCUGCCUUGUGCUCCCUUGUUACUGCAGCCACCCUGCCUUUGGUUGCUCUCCUCUGCUAGGAUCCCCUGCAGCUCAGUUACCUCCCAGGUAAGGGGUUUGCUGUAUCCCAUCCUUUGUGUCUAUCUCUGCCGAUCUGUGUGUCUGCAUCUCUCCUCGUGAUUCCCAUCUGUCUUUCAAGUUUAUGUCUCACGUUGCAUUUUUCAGUAGAGGAAGUUCCCUGAUUACCCAGCUGUCCUGCACGUGCCCUGACUUGGUCUUCUCAAAGAUUGGCAUCAUCUUUCUUCCUGUAUGCAAAAUUGAGAAGAUUUGUCAAGGAAGUUACUGAGAGAAGUGAACGAGAGAGACCUAAAGGAAACUCAAGCUGAGCUGCAAGUCCUCACAGGGUGCUGCCAUCUGUCGCCACCAAGGACAGGAGAGGAGACAAGACCAUGUGGCAGUUCCCUGCUCUGCUCAUCCUCUUCCUCCCAGGCUGCUGCACGGCUCAGGAUCCAGUCACAGGUCCAGAGGAGGUGAGCGGUCAGGAGCAGGGCUCCUUGACAGUGCAGUGUAGAUAUGACUCAGGCUGGAAGGAUUACAAGAAGUACUGGUGCCGAGGAGCUUAUUGGAAAUCAUGUGAGAUUCUCGUUGAAACCGAUGCAUCAGAGCAGUUGGUGAAGGAAAACCGUGUGUCCAUCAGGGACGACCAGACAGACUUCAUCUUCACAGUGACCAUGGAAGACCUGAGGAUGAGCGAUGCUGACAUUUACUGGUGUGGAAUUACAAAAUCUGGAUAUGAUCCCAUGUUUAAAGUUAAUGUGAACAUUGACCCAGAAAUUUCAACUACAAUAAUGACGACGACCGCCACAGUUCUGCCAUCCACAGUUGUGCCAUCCACAGAAAACCAAUCUAAGUGGUGGCUUACUCCUGCCUCCUUUGUUUCCUGCCGGUCCCUGUUGAGCAGCAUCUCCUUCUUGCUGAUGGUCUUUGUGGUGGUUCCCCUCCUCCUGAGCAGGCUCUGUGCUGUACACUGGGUGAACAGGCCUCAGAGACAUUAUGGGGAAGUUGAAAUUGGCCUGGUGGAAACCCAUAGAUCUGAUGCCCAGGAUGAAGAGAAACACUUCCCAGGAGAUGAAAAAUAAUCUCUCUCCCUCUCC